AUGCUGGGCACACUGUGCACCACCCUAUGGGACUCCCAAUCACAGCCGGAUGUGACAAACAUCCACAACAUCACUCCUGCCCAGACCCACCUGUUCUCACCCCCUAUCUCAGACAUAAACAUCCACAACAUCACUCCUGCUCAGACCCACCUGUUCUCACCCCCUAUCUCAGACACAAACAUCCACAACAUCACUCCUGCUCAGACCCACCUGUUCUCACCCCCUAUCUCAGACACAAACAUCCACAACAUCACUCCUGCUCAGACCCACCUGUUCCCACCCCCUAUCUCAGACACAAACAUCCACAACAUCACUCCUUCCCAGACCCACCUGUUCUCACCCCCUAUCUCAGACACAAACAUCCACAACAUCACUCCUGCUCAGACCCACCUGUUCCCACCCCCUAUCUCAGACACAAACAUCCACAACAUCACUCCUGCUCAGACCCACCUGUUCUCACCCCCUAUCUCAGACACAAACAUCCACAACAUCACUCCUGCCCAGACCCAACUGUCCCCACCCCCUAUCUCAGACACAAACAUCCACAACAUCACUCCUGCCCAGACCCACCUGUUCUCACCCCCUAUCUCAGACACAAACAUCCACGACAUAACUCCUGCCCAGACCCACCUGUUCUCACCCCCUAUCUCAGACAUAAACAUCCACGACAUAACUCCUGCCCAGACCCACCUGUUCCCAACCCCUACCUCAGAGACACAAUCAACAAUGCCUGAUCACUCUACCUGCCCCUGA